AUGGACCACGAGGAGUUCCAGGAUCGGUUCCGUGAGCGCCGGGACGAUGGCGAGGGCGGGCGGAGCGGCGGCACCGGCGCUGCCGGGGGCUCGGGGAGCGGCGGGGACCCCCCGAGCCCGCACCGUUUCAUUUCCCCUCUCUCCUCCGCCCCGAGGCUCCCGCCGGGAUCCCUUCCCGCUGACGGGGGAGUAACCUUCCAAAUCACCCCAAACUCUGCGCUAAAGAUUAAUGAGCGCUCGGAGCAGGGGUCCCCUCUGUGCUCCGGGCUGCUGCCCAUCGCUCCGUGCUGCAGGAACCGAUCCGUGCUGCGGGAACCGAUCCGUGCUGCGGGAACCGAUCCGUGCUGCGGGAACCGAUCCCUGCUCCGGGAACCGAUCCCUGCUCCAGGAACCGAUCCGUGCUGCGGGGACCGAUCCGUGCUGCAGGAACCGAUCCCUGCUCCAGGAACCGAUCCGUGCUCCAGGAACCGAUCCGUGCUGCAGGAACCGAUCCCUGCUCCAGGAACCGAUCCGUGCUCCAGGAACCGAUCCGUGCUGCAGGAACCGAUCCCUGCUCCAGGAACCGAUCCGUGCUGCGGGGACCGAUCCGUGCUGCGGGGACCGAUCCGUGCUCCAGGAACCGAUCCCUGCUCCAGGAACCGAUCCGUGCUGCGGGAACCGAUCCGUGCUGCAGGAACCGAUCCCUGCUCCAGGAGGUGCCGGCACAGCUCGGCUGGGGCGGGCGAGUUCGGAGGGCGUUGUGGCGAGGAGCAGCUCCGGACAGCGGUUCUGUGGAUGAUGCUGGAAGGCUGCAGGGUCACAGAGGAGCCGUCACUCUCCAGGUGCCAAGACGAGCUGUCCCACCCUCUGGUACCAGAAGACUGGGAACAGUAAGGCAGCUGCUCACUCUCCCAAAUGGUUGCUCUGUGGUUGAAUGCACCCUGGGUUUUCUCUGGCCAUUUCCCCUCCUUGUCACCAGUGUGAUUUUGGUGGUUUGUGCCUUCCACGCCGCUCAGGCCUGGCAGUCACACAAACCCCUGCUGUACUGGGAACUGCCCUGUCCUCCCUCUGAUCCCACAGACCCUGAGCUGCAAUUUCCCCAUCACCAAGUUAUCCCUGCUUGCAGGAGGGGCAGAACAUGGGGUGAGGGGCAGAACAUGG